AUGGCGUCUCCGAAAUCAAUUCGUCAGUUUUUUGUCUGGGUUAGCAAAGCUAUUGGUAUCCUUCAAUAUCUUUCUUUGGCAUUGCUAGCGAUUUACUAUGCUUACCCCAUUUGGUUUGGGGUUUUUUCUUCCUUUGGAUUUGGGCCGCGUGAACUGAAUAGUUCAUUUACAAUUAUGGGAGUUGCUGACCCACAGAUUGAAGGUAAUCAUAAGGUGGAGGCCAACGGAUUUCUCAAAGGCACCGUUGAUGUUCUGGGAAACGAUCUUUACUUGAGACACUUGGUUCAAACAAACAAGUUUUGGGGGAAGCCCGACGCUAUGGUUCUAUUGGGUGAUCUUGUGAGUUUUCAAAAUUUGGACGUUAAUGAGUUUAAAAAUCGUGCAGAAAGACUGAAGCGAAUUACAGGGGCUGCGGAUUUUAAUAGUACAGGUGUAGUCAAAGAGGCUACUCCUCAAGUCAAUGAAAUUCCAGUUUGGGCGAUUCCAGGAAAUCAUGACAUCGGUUAUGGAAACGAGUUGUCUGACUCACAGACCGAAAAGUGGAUAUCUUCUUUUGGAUUAAUGAAUUGGGCUACGAAAACCUCCGUCGCUGGUCACCCUGUACGUAUACUUGGAAUAAAUAGUUUAGCUUUAGAUAAUGUUCAGUUUAACCCAGAGGUGGCCUCGAAAUUUCAAUCUUGCAAUAGUCUUUCUUGUUCUGGUAUCCUUCCCCUGUCGAAGGAAGCCGUCGAUGUAUGGACUUUUCUUUAUGAACAAGCCGCUCAAGCAGAAAUCCCUACGAUCAUUUUUACCCAUGUUCCAUUCUACAAGCCCCAGCAUGCCUGUGUGGAUAAGCCUUUUAUAUCACGUUCUGAUAACCAUCGAGUCCUGAAGCAAAACCAUCUUUCCUACGAGACAACCCAACAUAUUUUCCACUUAUUGCCUAGUAUAGCCUUGAUCCUUUCAGGCCACGAUCAUAUGGGGUGCGACUAUCAUCACCCGAAUGGCGUCAUUGAGCAUACUUUACCAAGUGUUAUGGGAUAUUUUGGAGGAAACAUCGGUUUUGUAGAGUUGACUUUGAGAAAUGUACCUUCCAUGUUUCGCAGAAAUCUGCAAUCCAAGUUCCAUCAUUACCUCUCAUACCUACCAUCUCCUGUCAAAAACUACGUCUAUAGUGAAACGAAGGCUUUUGGGCCCUUUUUAGAUAUGACUUUUACUCGUACGUUUGCAGGUCCUUCUUUCAUUUGGUGGGCACUCCAUAUUUCCACCUGUGUUCUUACGAUUUUACGACUUUUAUUAAUAUCCUUCGUCUAA